UUUCGAGUCAGUGUCGCACCAGCAGGGCAACGAAAUCCAGCUUGCCAAUUUAUUUGCAAAAUAUUUAGGAAACAAAAUGAAGCUGACAAUUUGGGCAAGUUUUGGCCUGGUGGCGUUGAUCUCGGUCCAGGUGACGAACGCGUUCCUCUUCCCAUCCUGCAGCAAUAUACCGUUCAAGCCAGGGUGCACGAAUACUCCGAGCCUCGUCUCCCCCACCCUGCCCGCCUGCCCGCUCCCCUUCGAACAAUGGGCCACCGCCGCCCGCGCCGCCCCAGGAAAUUCUCCCCGCCCCAACGGCGUCAUCCCCACCUGGUUCAACCAACAACUCGCCCUGCGAGGUCAACAGGUCACCUCGGAGUACCGCUUCCCCUGGUACAUCGUCAUGUUCUUCGGUCUCCUCAUCGAAAUCAACAUGCCCGACAUCCGCAACCCCAUCAUGUUCAACAAGAAGAACACGAACGGCCCCGACAACGCGAGGAGAGACAUCGCCACCAUUAUGCAAGGCUUGGUCUGGACGAAGGACUACUUCUACCGCCUCCCCGUCGAGGGCCACUCCUCCUUCAUCGUUUCCAUCAAGAACGUUCGCGCCACCCAUAUUGACGUCCAGACGCGCGCCAAUGCAAAAAUCGCCUCCACCGGAUGCAUCAUAACGCCCGACGAGUACGAAAACCAGGCGACGAACGACGCUUUGUGGAAUGCUUUUGAGUGGGAUAUAGGAAAUUCAAGUAUCCCGCUGUCUCAGCGGACCGAAUCGCCCACUAAUUGGCUCACCUGCCCGCCCGAGACGGACUGCGGGUCCUGCGGCGGCUGCGCGAACUGCGUCCCCGUCUAUAAUUUCGAAAACUGUACUGGGGUCAAUAAUGUCAACUGUACCGUGCUCAAUACCACCUGUACGGAUUACCUGGACGAACCCUGCAUUUCUGGGAGUGUUAAUUGCACCUGCGUGUACGAGUACAACCUGCCGGAACCCGAGUGCAUUCAGGCGAACGAAAAUUGCACAAUUGUUCAAACUAAUUGCACGGAUUGUUCGGCCUGUGGGGCGGCCACGUGCACGCAGAAUGCCGUCCCGGCCUGUCAGUACAUGCAGCCGAGCACGUAUCACUGCGACACGUGCAUUUGUGACCCGGAAGAGGAGAAUUGCGGGCAGUGUGAGACGUGUACGAAUUCCACGAGCUGUCUGAGCUUCAUUCCGCCGCUGUAUAAUCAACAAGGGAUGAAUUUGGUGCUGUACAAUUUGAUCGCGUAUCCCAUCUUGUUUUCCCAGGAUUUGGCGAUUAACGCGUGCGACGCGGAUUUAUGGGCGUUUAAUCAUCUAUGGGCUUCGAUUGGGUACGCGUUGGGGAUUGAUGAUCAGUACAAUGUCAUGCUGCAGCCGGAUUUGGCGUCGGCGAAGGUGUACUACAACAAGAUUUUUGAUAAUAUUAUCAUUCCCGGGUUGUUUAGUUUCACUAAGCAGACGAGGCUUAUGAUGGAUAAUGUUUUUAAGGGUCUUUCCACCGCCACGGCUGGAUUCUUAAGUCCCACCUUUUUGCUGCAUCGUUUCGUCAACAACUUUUUGAACAAGGACGCCCCUCGUCUGCAAGCUUUAAUGAGUGUACAAGAGCUCGCUCUUGACCAAGCGUUUGAUUUCGCCUACAUCCCACAAUUCAUGAACAAUGCGAUCUAUCGGGCUUUCCUGAAUGCGGCGAUAAAUGAUUACUCCUACAGCGCUUCAGCUCUCCUAUUCCCAGGAAAUUGUACGAGUUAUACGACCAUUUCACAGAAAUGUUUUGUUUACUGAAUAUUAUAUGUAUGUAAAAAAAUAACUUUUCCCAUGUGAAAUAAUAACUGUCGAAAUUAUUUAAGUCAAAAUUUUGUGGAAUAAAGUUUAAAAUGGAUAGAGAAGAUUUAAAUCAUGGUUAAUUGUCUUUAUAAUUAUCUCAUUGUGAGAAAUCUGGUGUAGUCAGGCAGGUAUUGAUUUCUGGGUGAUAAAGUUGCUAUCGCUUGGUAUGAAAAUUAUACCGGUCCGUAAAAAUUUGCUACCGAUAUGCGUAGUAGAAUUUUAAUCCCUGUAACGACUAAUCAAUGCCAGUUUGGCAUCUAUGAAUACUGCUUGGUAUUAAUUUAAUACUGGAUUUCUAAAAGUAUGUAUGUUCAUGCAUAUGCAGCAGAUUAUUGAUUUUAGGGUGAUGUACUUAAUCGUAAAAAACAGUCCCACAAUUAUUAAGUUUUUUUGACAAGUAACUAAUAAAUAACUUUAUUCUUCAAUGA